AAUGUUACUUUUCUACUAAUACUUCCUUGCUUGGAAAAGCCAUUAUCUGAAAGUAAUUUUGGUUUUGAUUAAUAAAAUUAGUAAUGCAAAAAAUUAAUAUUUGAUAAGUAAGUUGAGUUUUUUCAUUCAUUUUUCGAAACUUAAAUUUAUUAAGGGAAUAGUUUUUAGUAUUUAAAUUAAAUAGAAGAAUUACCAUGCAACAAUGAAAAGCUAUCAAAAAGUGAGCAAGUUUUUUUCUCUUUGCUUUAGAUUGACAAAAAUCUUAUAGAGAUUAGUAACUUCAAAUAAUAUUUAAAGAAUUUAAAAAUCUAAUAUCCUAGCUCAUAACCAUUUACUUAAAGCCCAUGUAAAAGAUUUUGCUUAAACAUCGUAUAUUUUUUAAGAUGAUGAAAAAACAAUCAAAUUCAGGAUAAUAUUUGCUUGGCAAUCUCAAAUGUGUAAACAUCAUGGUUUGAAAUUAUUUACUCAACUAUAUUUUAAGAAAAAAUAUUUUUUUUAUUUAUUUUUGGACAAUCUUUGGAUUCGCAAGACAAAGAAAAACUUUUAUAAAAAUUCUAACACAAAGGUAACAUUUAUUUUUAAUUAAGUGA